AUGAUGGUGACGCGCCCUCAGGCGUUUCUAGUCAGUAAGGUCUCGACUUUAGUAGUAGUUUCCAUAUCCCCAAGUUUGCUUUUAAACUACAUAGAAGUAUUUUUAAAUAGUGUUCACAUAUAUUCAAUUAGAUUCCCAGCCCCAGCUUUGUCCAUUACCGGCAUUUUUUCGUCCUCUCAACUCUUCACUGUUAUCAGAAGCGCCACACCCCCUACAUCAAACUCGAACAUCAUGCAAUUUUUCGGCUUGUUAUUAUGCACCUUAAUGUCGUUGAGUGUUCUUACCGCUCCGAACGGGCGCACUGCGGCUAGGCAAAGACGAUCUCUCGACAAUGAAAUCAAGAAAUCCUGGAUGAUGCAAAAACGUGCUGCCGAUGCUCCCAAGGGCGCUGUUCCUGCCGCUGAUUCUCUCCCCGACCUCAAAUCGAUCGUAGGUGGCGAUGUCACUCAGGCGGACUUCAGAAAUCUGCUCACGGAGUUCUUGAAGUCGCCGGUUACUCCAGGCGCAGCGCCCACCGUCACUCUAGUCGGCAAAGCCAAGGCGACAGAGAUGCUGACCAGGUUGGAAACUGCCCAGAAAUCCGCCAAACCCGAACAAUUGUCCCCCAAGGCGGCUCAGACCUUCCUUCGAAUGCUGAAGAGGUUCGAGGGCAAGACGGGAGAGGAAGUACCCAAGUCAACUAAACCUGCAAGGCGGGCCGCACCCCCACCAACCACGCCGACAGCUGCUGGGACGAAGACAGGGAUGGACUUGUUGAAAGCCUGGGUUGCUAGUCUCCCCGAAGUACAAGCCGCAACUUCCACAACUGUUCCAGCAACCGCCCCCACUACUCCGGUUAAAGCAGGAAAAUCAACAGGAAAGGCGAAGUGA